UCAAAUUCCAGAAGGUUUGCGGUCAAUUUUCAUGGGAAGAUACACUCGGGAAUUUCAAACAUCUUACAAAUUGAAAAGUUGCUAUAGUGCGGGAGUCAGUGGGAAUAGCUGGGGGUUGGAGGUCAUUUAAUUAAAAUAUAUCACGAAUAUCGACAGAACUAAUGGGUCGUGACCCAAAAAAAUGGGGCACUCGAAAAUCGAGGUACCGUUACUGUACUUGAAGGAAAUGUGUUUAUUUUAACCAGGAUUAUGCGAAAAUAUAUUCGCCCAACUAUAUUUUGUUCACCUGCUAAGAUUCCUAUCAAUUCCAUUGGAAAGUUUCAAAGCGUGCAAACUUUGCAACUCAAUUCUAAAAACAACAUUACUCGUACUCGAAGGCGAAACGGCGCGAUGGUGAAAUACCCCACAGUCGGUGAAAGCCUCCGCGUGACGUCACGGCGCCGUCGCUGUCUGUGCCGUUGCUAAAUGGCGAUCGCGUCAGGUCCGCUCAGCUCCGGGAGCGGAGCGCACGCCAACCUCCGCCGCUUCUGAUUCAUUCCACCCAUCUCGAUUCCAAUGCGACGAAUACGAACGGUUCUAGCCAAGUAAAAUGGAGGAUAGUUUUGAUUGCGACUGUGGCGAGCUAGAGCCACCUGAUCACUGAGGCUCACUGUUAACUCUCCGAUCUAAAGGUCAGGCUCUUUACAAUUUAUUUUGAUUAGGUCACGCCAUAGGAAAAUUAUUCCAAGUUAAAACAAAAAUUACAAACAAAAAAAAAAACAAAAAAAAAAUUGAAAUUCAAGCAAAAAAGGUGCAUACUGGCACAUUUCCCAUGAAGCUGCUCAGGACCAGUUAUACACUGAAUGUAUACCACUGUGAGGAUGCAACUACAUGCUUUUAGAGCCUAACAGUGCGUUUCAAAUUGGCCUCAACAUUCAUUCCGGUUGUUUCUUUAAGAGUAAGAGCUGCUCUGUUAAAUAGAGCCACCCACCAGGAGUGGAGUUGGAGUUAUAAAAUUGGCCUCAGUCAAGAUGAAAAACUUAAACUACACUUUAGUCUAACAGUCACGGCUGCACAGGGGAGGAGGUGGAGGUCAGAGUCUGCUGGGAGGUGCGUUGGUAGGUGUUAGCUUAGCAUCUGAAGCAGUUUUGGCGGGGCAAGGGUGGGGGGGGGGGGGUCAUCAGUUAGUAUUUGGCUGGCUAAAAUCUAACAUUAGCGGAGGUUGGCACAAGAGCCUCGGUAGUCAUCAUGGCCGAGAAGUUUGAGUCGCUGAUGAACAUCCACGGCUUCGACCUGGGCUCUCGCUACAUGGACUUGAAGCCGCUUGGCUACGGAGGAAACGGCCUGGUGUUCUCGGCGGUUGACACCGACUGCGACAAGCGUGUGGCCGUGAAGAAGAUUAUCUUGACGGAUCCCCAGAGUGUCAAGCACGCCCUGCGAGAAAUUAAGAUUAUAAGGCGCCUGGACCACGACAACAUAGUCAAGGUUUUCGAAACGUUGGGCCCCAGCGGUCGCAGGCUAACUGAGGACGUGGUGUCCCUGACUGAGGUCAACUCGGUCUACAUAGUGCAGGAGUACAUGGAGACGGACUUGUGUCAGCUGCUGGAGCGCGGCCUUCUGUCCGAGGGCCACGCCCGCCUCUUCAUGUACCAGCUCCUCAGGGGCCUCAAGUAUAUCCACUCUGCCAACGUCCUCCACCGUGACUUGAAGCCCGCCAACCUGUUUGUCAACACAGAGGACCUCGUGCUGAAGAUUGGGGACUUCGGUCUGGCCCGCAUCAUGGAUCCCCACUACUCCCACAAGGGUCACCUGUCUGAAGGUCUUGUCACCAAGUGGUACAGGUCCCCCCGCCUGCUGCUCUCGCCAAACAACUACACUAAAGCCAUCGACAUGUGGGCUGCCGGGUGCAUCUUUGCAGAGAUGCUCACUGGGAAAACACUCUUUGCGGGGGCCCAUGAACUGGAGCAGAUGCAGCUGAUCCUGGAAUCCAUCCCAGUCCUGCGAGAGGAAGACCGCCAGGAGCUCCACAGCGUCAUACCCGUCUUUAUCCGCAAUGACAUGUCCAAACCUCAGACACCCCUGACCAAGCUGCUGCCUGAUGUCAGUCCUCAAGCCCUAGAUUUCCUAGAGAAGAUCUUGACCUUUAACCCCAUGGAUCGUUUAACCGCGGAAGAGGCUCUGGCCCAUCCCUACAUGUCGGACUACUCCUUCCCCCUGGACGAGCCCGUUUCCCUGCACCCUUUCCACAUCGAAGAUGAAGUCGACGAUAUCCUGCUCAUGGACCAGAGCCACAGCCACACGUGGGACAGGUAUCAUGAGAGCCAGUUGUCGGAGGCUGACUGGCACUUGCACAGCAUUCAUGACCCAGAAGAAGUCCAAGUCGACCCGAGGGCCCUCUCUGACGUCACGGAUGAGGAAGUGGUUCAGGUGGAUCCUCGGAAGUACGCCGACGGGGACCGCGAAAAGCUUCUGGACGAGCCCUCCUUCGACUACUCCACUCCGUUCUCGUCGGAGCGGUCGUGGCCGGACGAGCAUCACGAGAACAAAUACUGCGACCUCCAGUGUAGCCACACGUGCAACUACAAGGCCGUGUCCCCCUCCUACCUGGACAACCUCAUCUGGAGAGACAGUGAAGUCAACCACUACUACGAGCCCAAGCUCAUCAUCGACCUCUCCAACUGGAAGGAGCAGCAGAGCAAGGAGAAGGCGGACCGCAAGGCCAAGAGCAAGUGCGAGAAGAACGGGCUGGUCAAGGCCCAGAUUGCCAUGCGGGAGGCCGAGAAGACCCAAAGUGUGGCGGAGAAGGACCGGGAGCAGGAGAAACACCAGACGCAGCCGCCCAGCCAGCAAGGCUUCGACUUUGACUCCUUCAUCGCCAGUACCAUCAAACUGAGUCUGCAACCCGAAACCUGUCAGGAGGUGGCGCUCAACGAGGUGGGCCUCCUCAGUGAGGUGGGCCUACUCAAUGAGCUCAACUCUUCCGUCUCCCAGCUGGACGCCCCUCGCUCAGGGUCCAUGUCCAAGUCCAUAAGUCAGGAGAAGGAGGAGAAGUGCCUGGUGAACCUGGCCCAGCUGGGCGGAGGCGGCAGCUUGGCGGCGGUGGUCGGCGGCGACGGCCCCUGGCCCUCGCACCCCUGGGAGGGCUUCGGCUCCGGGGAGCGGGCGGCCGAGAACGGCCGCUUGAUCGACGAAGCGUGCUGGGACGGUCACUUCCAGAAGGAGAGCACGUACACCAGCUACCUGGACCACCUGUUCGGCCGGACAGAGGAGGGCGUGACCGAGUCCGCCGCCACCCCGGAGACGGAGACCCCGGAGGUCAGGGAGAGAGAGUCGGGCGAGGGCCUCCUCACCCGGAGCGCCGAGAUCGUACUCAACGUGCAGCUGGACUCUCUGGGCCCGGACGAGCUGCCGCUGAAAUCCCUCCAGGCGUCCCUCACCCCCUGUGCUGUCAAAUGCUCCCCGCAGAUCGCCCACAAAACCUAUAGCAGCAUCUUCAAACAUCUUAAUUAAAAAAAGCAACGUCCUCUCUUCCACGACCCAUUUAGUUUGUCCUGUUUUUGGUCUAUGAUGUGUUCUACUUGAAUCAUUUCAUACCUUUUUUUUUUUUUUUAAUUAUUAUUAUUAUUAUUAUUAUUAUUUUUUUUUUUUAAAUGUUAUUUUAAAAGUCAAUUUUAAGAGUGGAAAUGGGUGAUUUCUUAAUUGAAGGAGUUUUGGUCACUCUGAGCCUUGACGCCCAGGCCUUCAUGGGUUUAAAUCUACGCCCUCAUUGCUGAACUGGCUCGUCACUCGCACACCUACGUACUGUAGACGAACGGAAACGAGGCAGCGGGACGGCAGUUUCGGUUUAGGGGGAUCUAUAAUUUGGAUGUGACAGGAGAUGUGAUGUGGUUUGUGUUGUUUCAUUUUGAUAACGACGUAAACGAAAGCUUCCUUUACAGCCCUUUCAUACUGUAAAUGUGACACAUGAUGCCAGCAGCAACCAUUAUCGUAGGUGUUAAUGUAAUGUGUUAUCUACCUCAAGGUAACAGCCGCGAGAGACACUCGAAGCCGCACUAGUGCUUUACACACCACGACCAUCCUCAUGCCAUGAAGUGAAGUGGUCUCCUAGUUGAAAUCUGUCUCACGUUAGCGUUUAACAUGGUGAGGUGUUUUUCGGUGAUCAUUAUUUAUUACGAGCAGAUGCGCAAUAUUUAUUUUAUCGGAAAAUUUGUGUCAUUUCAAUGUGAUUAUUGAAGAGCGAGGAGUUGAGCAGACCAUUUUCAUUUCAGCACUAUUUGGGUGUCCAAGUGUUCCUUUUUGUUUUAUGGUAGGAAGCAAAUUCAUCUGUGUUGAGGCUUUCCGUUUUUCCAUCAAUAUUUUCCAAAUGGAUAUUUCUAUUUAUAGGUGCAUCCUGUUCGUAGUGCAAAAAACAGUUGUGGAUUAAAGCCGCACCUAAAAGUCUUAAUUUUAUUAUUAUUUUUUUUUUAAUCAAAAUGUAUAAAAACAUUGCGUGCAUGGAGGCAAGAGAAAGGUACAUUUAAAGUAACUGGUGAGUAUAUUGUACGUCAGUUUUAAUUGUAUGUCUCUCUUUUUUUAAGUUCUAUGUACUUUUUUCAGGCAAGCAUGCUGAAUUAGGUUAAGGUGUAGCAUGUAGAACACAUGAACUUUUUUGUAAUCAUCGGUUCUCCUGUUCUACAAAAUAAAAAUAAACUUAAAGGUAAGCAUU